GUAACGUGACAAUUCUAUAAAGAGAAAUCAAAAUUUUCUCAGAGACGGAACUUGAGAUAGCUUUACAGCAAUGGAAGUAAAGGUGCAGAACACAAUUGAACUUGAGCAGUUUGGCUAUUUACCUGCUGAGAAUGUCCAAUCUCUUGCAUCCAAGAACCUCAAGAACAUCCCAUCCAGAUACAUCCGACCGGAUGUUGAAUCCGAUGUGGUUUCCACAGAUGAAUCCCUGCUCAUUCCUGUAAUUGACCUGAGCAAGCUAGACCAUGACGAUGGACUGAAAAAACUCCAUUUUGCUUGCAAAGACUGGGGUUUCUUCCAGUUAAUCAACCAUGGAGUACCAGAUGAAGUGAUUGAGAAAAUGAAGACCGACGCACAAGAUUUCUUCAACUUGCCAUUGGAGGAGAAGAUGGCUUGGGCACAGAUACCGAAUUACAGCGAAGGCUAUGGCCAAGUCUUGGUUUUAUCAGAAGACCAGAAGCUUGAUUGGAGCGACAUAUUCUACGUUAUUCCCCUGCCUGUGCCCUUAAGAAAUAUGAGAUUCUGGCCGACCAAUCCCCCUUCAUUCAGGGAAACCUUGGAGAAGUACUCAAUGGAGUUGCAUAACGUUAUGGUUCAACUCAUGAAGCUUAUUGCCAAGAACCUGGGGACAGAUCCUUGGAUGCUCUUAAGCUAUUUUGAUGAGGACGAAGUACAAGGAAUAAAAUUGAUCUAUUAUCCACCAUGUGCAGAGGCAAGCAAGGUUCUUGGUGCAUCUCCACACUCUGAUGGUACAGGUUUAACAUUAUUGCUUCAAGUGAAUGAAGUUGAAGGAUUACAAUUCAAGAGAAACCAGAAAUGGGUACCUGUUAAACCCAUCCCAGGCGCACUCAUCGUCAACAUCGGAGACGUUCUUGAGAUUAUGAGCAAUGGAAAAUACAAAAGCGCAGUACAUAGAGUUGUGGUUAAUCCGGAGAAAGAACGGCUGUCGAUUGCAUCAUUUCACAAUCAAAAAAUGGGAACCAAGAUUGGUCCUUUGCAAGAUCUUGUUGAGACGAACAAGGCACUGUAUAGGACUCUACCAAUUGAGGAGUUCCGGAGGUUGAAGAUGACCAGCAAAGGUGAUGGGAAAUAUUUGAUAAAUAAAAUGAAGAUCUAGCUAAGUUUAUCACCU